AUGUCAUCAUCCGAUAUAUUUGAUGUUCUGAAUAUUCAGCCAAAGGCUUCGUCACCAGGCACUUUGGCUGCUCAGUCAAAUGCGGCUCCUGUAAAAGCCAAACAUCAGGUGACUGGUAUGCAGAGAGAAUUAUACAACCUUUUGGGUGAUAAUUCUCCGCCGGUGAUGGUUCAGCACGGUAAUAAGUUUAAGGAAAAGUUAAAUUCAAUUUCUAAACCUUCUCCAUGGACAUACGCAGAGUUCCAGGCCACGCCAUACCUGAAACUACAACACUGGGUAAAAGGGUCAAAGGAAUUAGUGGGCGAGCAACCUCAAAAGAGCGCCUUUGCCAAGUUUAAUCAAAAAUUGACGAUACCAGAGUUUAAUGAGAGCGAGUAUAACGAGUUUAUGAAAGUGGGAGCUGAAUCCGAAGAACGUCCCGAUGAUAAAGAUAAAAAGAGCCCACAAUGGGAUUACGAAGAGGUUCGAUACCUCUUUGAUUUAGCGAAGAGAUAUGAUUUACGCUGGUUCAUUAUUUUCGAUCACUUCAACUACAAAGAAAAUAGGAGCUUGGAGGACUUGAAAGAGAUCUUUUACACUGUUUGCCAGAGGUUUCUGCAGACUAAAGAUAGAAAUAAUCCACUCCUGGCUAACCUAACGUACAACAAAAAGCAGGAGAUAGAAAGGAAACAGUACCUAAAACGGUUGCUAGCUCGUUCUGCAGCGGAGAUCGCCGAAGAGGAGGCUUUAAUCAUGGAAUCCAGAAAGUUUGAGAUGGCGGCGAAAAAGACACUACAGGAAAGAGAAGCCUUAUUACGUUUACUAGACCAUCCACAGUCAGAUAGUAAUAUCAGUCACUUUCUUACCUCUCAGGGCAUGAACAGGCUCUAUAACAACUUAUUGAAUGAUAAACAAAGAAGACGUAAGCCCGAUACUACCCCACCGGAAAACCCUUGGAUGAAGCAGCAACAGCAAUUCGCGCAACAGAAACAGCAAUUACAGCUCCAACAUCAGCAAAAUGUACAACCUCCGGAGCCUAAGCCCGUAGAAGUCAAGGUGGAAGCUAAUAUCCCUUCUUCGCCAGUUCCACCAUCACCAAACAAGAGAACCGCCGAACAGCCGUUACCUCAUAAAAUGAAUAAAAAGCAAAAACUAGAAAUGCAGACCGCAAUCAGAAGGAAACAGGAUAGCGAGUAUGCACAGCAUCUAUUGGGUAACUUUACAAUUGAGGAAAGAGAAAGCCUUGGUGUCACUUUGCAUGGGGAAAAGUUAUCCCCGGGCGUUUUCCUGAGAUCUUCAAAAAUAUCCACAUACAAACCGGCUAUACAGAACAAGGUUGUAUCUGUUUUGCGAGAGGUCGGUCUGCCAGUACGACCAGCUAUGCCUUCUGCUAAAGUGGUUCAACAGCAUGAAGAGCUUUUGAAACGUAUUGUAACAUUACUGGAUUUAAAACGGCAAAUAGACAAGAUGGAGGCGGAAAAGGCUAUCGCUAAAUAA